AUGUCUGAAGAAAUUAUUCAACGAAAUUUUUCAUUUUGCUUAAAAAUUAUUAUGUUUUCUAGAAGUGUUACUAAGAAUCUUAGAUUUAAAAUUGAUAAUUGCCCUGAUAAAGGAUAUUAUGAAAGUUUUAAAGUUGGAGUUGAUAAAUUAUGUCAUGAGUGUUAUAUGAAAAUUGUAGAUUUUUAUCGACGUCAAAUAUCUACAAUAACUAGAAAUAUUGAAGUGAAUAAUUCAAUGGAAACAGAUUUAAUAGAAAUUAAUAAUUUAGCUGAAACUAGUGAAUCAAAUAUUUCAACAAAUUUAA